AUGUCAAAUAACCUCGUUGUAAUGAUCACGGGUAUCAACAGAGGUAUCGGCCAUGCAUUAGCAACAGCCUAUUUGUUGCAACCAAACUGCACAGUAAUAGGAAGUAUUCGCGACGACACGACGCCCGAAGCAGCGAAGUUGCUCGCCAUUCCCAAAGGCGACGGCUCACGGCUUCUUCUCGUCAAAAUCGAAAGUUCAAGUCCGACAGACGCCAGUAGCGCAGUCAGAAAGAUAGAGGCAGCAGGUAUCAACCACAUUGACAUCCUGAUUGCGAAUGCGGGCGUUAGUCCACCAUUGCAGCCCAUCGAAACCGUCUCGCUUGACGACAUGGCCAGCACGUUUAACGUCAACACCCUCGGUCCGUUGGCGCUGUAUCAAGUGUGCCACUCCAUGCUCCAGAAUUCCAAGAACCCAAAGUUCGUGCCGAUUACGAGCGCGGCUGGUAGUAUUGGUGGUAUGGAGCGCGGUGGCACUUUUGUUGCACCGGCGGCCGCGCAUUGCAGCAGCAAAUGGCUUGUAGCUGUUGCCAUCAGCCCUGGUCUGGUGGCUACGGACAUGGGAAACAAGACAGCCCAGUAUCUAGGAUUGGAAAGGGCUCCUUGGACUGCCGAAGAAAGCGCAGAGAAGAUUAUGGGCCUGAUUGAGAAAGCCACGCGGGACACCUAUUCUGGGAAGUUCAUGGACGCGAUAAAAGGCACAGAGAAACCAUGGUAA